AAAGCGAAUCAAUCAGCCCGUCAAGAUGUACAAAGUUGCUUCAUUGGUUUUGGCCCUGUUCGCAGUGGUUUACGCAGUUCCUUCGGCAUAUGAUACCGUGCACGUGUGGAGGGCUGGAAACCUGUCGUACACCGUUCCCGAAAAUGCAAUUUUGGGUGGAUUCGAUCCCUAUGGCUACAACACCUAUGUGGGCCGUGUGAAGUACGUUAAUGAUGUCCUGCCCGCUCGUGUUGUUGUGGAAACUGGUACUGCUUACUUCAACACCCCCACCGCCUCCUCGAAGCUCCUUGUAUACGACCUCCUGGUGGCUGAGCGCAAUGUGAACUACGUCUGGGUGAGGAGUUUCGAUGGGUUCUUCGAGAAGGGACUCGUUGCCGCCGGCACCACGAGCAAAAAUGAGCUGUCGUUCUUCUGCCGGGCAAGGGCCGAUGCAGGAUACCUGAUCGGCACCCUUCUCCUCAGCAGCCAGAAGACGUGCAUCAUCAAGCACGAGUCCCUGUCCCUACGUAAAUUCGACAAAUACGAGGUGCUGGUGGCCCAACCCAAGGGCAAUGGAACCCUCUACUAUUAAUGACUAGGAAAAAAUAUAGCGGAUUCUUGGAUUCCCGCUAAAAAUAAAUAAAACAUAACUUAUUUGAAAAA